AUGCCCUCCUCAAAACCCCAAUACACCCCCCUCUCCACCACGGCGCCCCAAUCCCCUCCGCCAACCUACGAAAGCGCCUCGACCCAACACGGCGCGCUGCCCACGCGUCCAGCAUCGCAAUCCAUCUCCACCGGCAAAGGACCCGUACCGCGCGGUCCCUUUCCGCUCGACAUCCCCCUGCUGCAGGAAUUAAAGGGAAAACGCAUUAUUCUCGCCUCGGCGAGUCCGCGACGGAAACAAAUUUUGGCUUCGAUCGGCCUCACAAACCUCGAAAUCAUCCCCUCCCCCCUCCCGGAAAACCUCUCCAAAGAACACCUCGGCCCCUUCGACUACGUGCUGCAAACCGCCAUCCAAAAAGCCCUCUCGGUAUACACCCAUUGCCUGGACAACUCACUCGCCAGCAUCCCGGACCCCUCCCUCAUCAUCGCGGCCGACACCGUCAUCGUCACCAAUUCGGGCGCGAUCCUCGAGAAGCCGCGGUCGCAAGCCGAUCACAUCCGCAUGCUGCAGCGGCUGCGCGACGACAAAUCGCACAAGGUAUUUACCGCGAUUGCGGUGGUGGCCCCCCGCGACGACGCGCGGCAUCCGGGGUACAAUUGCGAGAACGAGGUGGUGGAGACGAAAGUCGUGUUUGAUGCGGAGAUGGGGGAUGAGUUGAUCGAGGCGUAUGUGAAGACGCGCGAGGGGGUUGAUAAGGCCGGGGGCUAUGCGAUCCAGGGCAUGGGAGCGAUGUUGGUGGAGCGGAUAGAGGGCAGCUGGGAUAACGUGGUGGGAUUGCCGAUUCGGAAUACGGUGGCGUUGAUGGAGAAGGCGGUGUUUGAUCAGGAGGAUUUGGAUCCCGAGGAGAAUGAGGAGGGCAUUGAGUAG